AUGGCGUCGAUGAGCAACCGUCCGAUUGUGUUGUGUGGCCCUUCGGGCGUGGGCAAGAGCACGCUGAUCAAGCGUCUCUUUAACGAGUUUCCUACGUCGUUUGGCUUUAGCGUGAGCCACACCACGCGCAAGAUGCGCCCGGGCGAAGUCGACGGCACGUCCUACCACUUUGUCACGCGAGACGCCUUUACGAAGCUCGUGUCUGAAGGCGCGUUCCUGGAGCACGCCGAGUUUGGCGGCAACCUCUACGGCACCACCGCCAAGGCCGUGCAGGACGUCAGCGAAGGCGCGCACCGCCGUGCGAUUCUCGACAUUGACGCGCAAGGCGUGAAGCUCAUCAAGGCGAACCACGCGUAUUUGAACCCCGUGUACAUUUUCCUCUCGCCGCCCGCGUACAAUGUGCUGCGCGAGCGCCUCGAGGGCCGCGCGACCGACACGCAGGACGCGAUCGGCCAGCGUCUCAAGAUGGCGCUCCAGGAGCUGCAGUUUGCGCGCGAGCCGAACGCGUUUGACUAUGUCGUGGUGAACGAUGAUCUGGACCGCGCGUACAAGCAGCUGCGCGCCAUCAUCCUCGGCGAGACCGAGGGCCUGGCGCUCGACAGCGUGCCGCCCGCCGACGACGCAGAGAAGGAGGCGAACGCUGCCUAA